AUCAGGAAAUUAUAGGAGAAGAUCGUUUAAUUGAAAUUCUUAAAGAACGAGAUUUAAAAUUAUAUUGGGGUACUGCUACAACUGGAAAACCACAUGUUGCCUAUUUUGUUCCCAUGUCAAAAAUUGCAGAUUUUUUAAAAGCUGGUUGUGAAGUAACAAUUUUAUUUGCUGAUCUUCAUGCUUAUCUGGAUAAUAUGAAAGCACCUUGGGAUCUUCUUGAAUUAAGAGCACAAUAUUAUGAAAAUGUUAUAAAAGCUAUGCUUCAGUCUAUAGAUGUACCCAUAGAGAAGCUUAAAUUUGUGAAAGGUUCAGAUUAUCAACUUAGCAAGGAAUAUACAUUGGAUGUAUAUAGACUUGCUUCUAUGGUAACUGAGCAUGAUGCUAGAAAAGCAGGAGCAGAAGUAGUUAAACAAGUAGAUCAUCCUUUCUUAAGCAGUCUUUUGUAUCCUGGCUUGCAGGCUUUAGAUGAAGAGUAUUUAAAAGUUGAUGCACAGUUUGGUGGUGUUGAUCAAAGAAAAAUUUUUACAUUUUCAGAGAAGUACCUGCCACAAUUAGGCUAUAGUAAAAGAAUCCAUUUGAUGAAUCCAAUGGUUCCUGGGUUAACUGGAGGAAAAAUGAGUUCCUCAGAAGAAGAUUCAAAAAUUGAUUUACUGGAUAAUCCUUCGGCUGUUAAAAAAAAGCUAAAAAAGGCAUUUUGUGAACCUGGAAAUUUAGAAGAAAAUGGAGUUUUAGCUUUUGUAAAAUAUGUUUUAUUUCCAUUAUUUCAUAACGAAGAUUUUGUUAUCAAAAGGAAUGAAGCUAAUGGAGGAAAUAUUAUAUAUAAAAAUUAUCAAGCUGUAGAAGAUGAUUUUGCAAAUAAGGUACUACAUCCUGGUGAUUUAAAAGCAGGUGUUGAAGCUUAUUUAAAUAGGCUUUUGGCACCAAUUCAGAAAGCAUUUGAAGAUCCAAAACUUAAAAAAUUAGCAGCUGCAGCUUAUCCACCAUUAAAUAAAAAAGGCAAAAUAGCUGUAGAAGAAGAAAUCAGUCCUGCUAGAUUAGAUAUCAGAGUUGGAAAAAUUAUUGAUAUAGAAAAGCAUCCAGAUGCUGACAGCUUAUAUGUAUCAAAAGUUGAUGUUGGAGAUGAGAAAGGAAACAGAACCAUUGUUAGUGGUUUAGCUCAGUUAAUUCCAUUGGAAGAACUUCAUGGAAAAUUGGUUGUAGUUCUUUGUAAUCUUAAAGCUGCCAAAAUGAGAGGUGUUGAAUCACAAGGGAUGAUUCUUUGUGCAUCAAUAUCUGAACCACGUAAAGUAGAACUUUUGCAGCCACCAGAAGGCAGUUUACCAGGUGAUAUUAUAUAUGUUGAUGGUUAUAGAAAUUCACAACCAGAUGAUGUUUUAAACCCCAAAAAGAAAAUUUGGGAAAAAUUACAGGUUGAUCUGAAAACAUCACUAAAUCAUGUUGCUGAAUGGCAAGGGAAUCCUCUAAUGACAAAACUGGGUGUAAUCACUUGCAAGAGCAUGAAGGGAGCUCCAAUCAAAUAAUUUUGAUGAUAUAAUAAUAUAUAAGAACUUUAAUGCCUUCACUGAAAUUAUUCAAACACUUCCCUUUGACAAUAACUAUACAUUUUAUCGUUUAAGCAAUAGGAACAAUUUUUCGUUUUAAUUAUAUCAUGUAAAAUACAUAUUUAUCCAGAUUUGAAGUAACUGAUUCUGUAUCAAAUAAUUUUGGCUAAAAUUUGUAGAUUUUUGUAUAGAUAUAAAAAAUAUGAAUGUUAUUUAUUUUAAAAGUAGCCGGGAAUAUUGCUUUUAAGACUUUGUUAUACAUAAAUAAAAUGAUUGGCUGCUCUCUCUC